AAUAGAGACUUCUUCCCCAUCCCAUUAUUACAGAAUUUUACAGGCUUUCCCAAAAUUCUUCCCCAAAAUUCCCCCAAAUGUUUCUCUCUCACUUCCACCCGCGUUUUUCCCCUAAAUUUUGAACAAAACCGCCACCAAAUUUUUGAUUUGAAUUUGGUUUCCUCUUGUUGAUUUGAAUUUCAGCUCAAAGAUCUGGGAAUCUAGGGUUACUGAAAGGGGGUAAGAAAUGCAGAGACAGACUAGACUCAUGGAGAGGAACAACUCCAUGAGAGGGAAGAGGCAAAUGGAAGGGGAAGAGGAGGACCAGCCGGAGCGGAAGCGGCCGGCUCUCGCUAGUGUAAUUGUAGAAGCUCUGAAGGUGGACAGUUUGCAGAAGCUAUGCUCGUCACUGGAGCCUAUUCUUCGAAGAGUUGUCAGUGAAGAAGUGGAACGUGCAUUGGCCAAGUUGGGCCCUCCAAGACUAAAUGGAAGGUCUUCCCCCAAACGGAUUGAAGGUUCAAAUGAUCGGAACUUGCAACUGCAGUUUAGGUCCAAUCUGGCUCUCCCCAUCUUCACAGGAGGGAAAGUUGAAGGCGAGCAGGGAGCUUCAAUUCAUGUUGUUUUAUUUGAUAUGAACACUCAGCGUGUUGUAACAUCUGGACCUGAAUCCUCUAUAAAACUAGAUAUUGUUGUGCUUGAGGGUGAUUUUAACAAUGAAGAUGAUGAAGGCUGGACUGAAGAAGAAUUUGAAAGCCAUGUGGUCAAAGAGCGUGAAGGAAAGAGACCUCUUUUGACCGGGGAAUUGCAAGUGACACUGAAGGAAGGGGUAGGGACAAUUGGGGACCUGACUUUUACAGAUAACUCAAGUUGGAUACGCAGCAGGAAGUUUAGGCUUGGAUUGAAAGUUGCUUCAGGAUUUUGUGAGGGCAUGCGCAUACGUGAAGCGAAAACAGAUGCUUUUACUGUUAAAGAUCACAGAGGGGAAUUGUACAAGAAACAUUACCCACCAGCACUAAAUGAUGACGUAUGGAGACUGGAGAAGAUCGGAAAGGAUGGGGCAUUCCAUAAGAGGCUAAACACUUCAGGAAUACACACAGUUGAACAGUUUCUUCAGCUUGUGGUCAAAGAUCCUCAAAAAUUACGGAGUAUCCUUGGAAGUGGCAUGUCAAAUAAGAUGUGGGAAGCUCUCCUAGAGCAUGCAAAGACUUGUGCCCUUAGCGGAAAGCUUUAUGUUUAUUAUCCUGAAGAUACAAGAAAUGUUGGUGUUGCUUUUAACAACAUCUAUGAGCUGAGUGGCUUGAUUGCUGGGGAACAGUAUCAUUCUGCCGAUACUCUUUCCGACAGCCAGAAGCUCUAUGUAGAUACGCUUGUGAAGAAAGCAUAUGAAAAUUGGGAUCAGGUUGUUGAGUAUGAUGGUAAAUCACUUCUGAACACCAAGCAAAAUAAGAGGUCAACUGCAGCCCGAAACGAAUUUCAAAUGGGCUCAAUCAGUUACUCCAGUUCUUCAGACCAGCAUCCGCAACUACCUCGCCUGACAAAUCCAGUUCCCUCAGAACAGACUCUUCUAUCUGAUUCAGCCCUACCGAUUGGAGGGUAUAAUGAUAAUCUGUCAACAAGGUAUAUGACCCAGCAACAAAUUGUGAAUUCAAAUUCCCGUGCCCAGUUUGAAGGCACCUCAUUUGCACUAGAUGGCCAGUUGAUCAACAGCUCUCAUCAGCCUCAAAGCAUAACAAAUGAUGCCAAUGCUGUUGGCCUGGCCCUUGGUCCUCCACAAUCAUCGACAUCAGGAUUUCAGGCUAUAAAUUCUUCUGUUCAGCCAUCUACUCUUAAUCCUUUAGAUGACUGGGGAACAAGCCGAGAAAAAGGAGUUGAUGACUUCUUCUCAGAAGAAGAUAUUCGCAUUAGAAGUCAUGAGAUGCUUGAAAAUGAGGAUAUGCAGCACUUGCUCAGAAUCUUCAGUAUGGGAGGCCAUGCCUCUAUUGAUAUGCCUGAUGAUGGAUAUGCAUACCCAUAUAUGCCAUCUCCAAUGCCCAACUUUGAUGAAGAUCGCACACGUCCUGGCAAAGCUGUUGUUGGGUGGCUGAAAAUUAAGGCAGCUAUGAGAUGGGGUUUCUUUGUCAGAAAGAAAGCAGCUGAAAGGCGGCGGGCGCAGCUUGUGGAGUUAGAUGAUGAUUAGAAGUUACUCCAAAGAUGCUAUAAUCUUCUUGCUAUGAAGUGUUUCUAUGUGGUGAUUGUUAUUCCAUGAAUCAAGUCUUCCUUUGCACUUCAAUGUUAUACUGCAAGUUAACUUUUAACUAUCAACCAGAGCCAGCCACAAGUUUGAGAUAUUGGCACUGAUUGAAAAGUGAAAACUUUAGUCUUGGUAAAUGACUGACACUUGCGGUAGAUCUGAUUGAUAGCAGGGAGUAUCUUCUUGUACAGCUGCCUGUACAGUAAGUAGUUCUUUUUUUCUUACUCAUGAAGGUUUUCUUUUUUUUCCUCA